AUGUCCCAGAGAAUCGGUAACUCCACGCUCGCUCUAACUAGAGUGUGGCACCACGUGGAUAUGGCUGCCGACAAAAGAACGUUAGGUCGUUUGGCGGCGAGCAUAGCCUUGACUUUGCAAGGGAAACAUAAACCUACAUACUCGCCCAACAGAGACCAUGGAGAUUACGUUGUUGUGACCAACUGCUCCCACAUGAACGUGACGGGAAAUAAGAUGAAGGAGAAAACCUACUGGUCGCACACAGGCAGGCCGGGCUCGUUGAAACUUGUGCCUAUGGAGAGAAUGAUUGCUAACAAAGGGUACGGGGAAAUCUUGAAGAGAGCCGUCAAGGGUAUGAUACCUAAGAACAAGCUUAGACUUGCUAGAAUGGACAGACUCAAGGUGUUUGAUGGGCAUGAACAUCCAUACACAGAAAACUUGAUUGCUCACGCCGAUGAGGUGCCAGACAUGAAGAAGAAGCUUGCUGAGUUGGAGAGGAAGGAGGCUGUUGCUGCUGAGCUUAGGAAGCAAUACCUUGGUCAGUAA